ACAGUUCAUUCGCACAACUCUUGCCAAUAGCUGCAGCUCCUAACUGGGUCAUGUUAACAAACAAUAGCUCACAUUCUUCAGAAAAGGUCAGUGCUGCGCUCAACAUUCUAGCCUGUUUGUUCAGCGUUCUAGCAGGCCUGCUUUAUGAAGUCUGCUCAUUUUAUGAACAAUUGAAAGGUCKGUUUUUUUGGUCAGUUUGUAGAGUGGUGAGUGACAGGACAAUGGGAGGACACUCUUCUGGAAACCAAUUUUAAGGUAAAUUUAGAUUGGACUACAUCCUUUUUGUUCCUCCUAUUGAGUUAUGUAAGCCCUUGUUAAAAAUAAUCCCCAAACAGCUGUACCAGUAUAUUGAGAGAGAGAGACGUGGAUAAGGCGAAGGAAAUUCUUGGUGCAGUCUGCCAUCGUAAGGUCAUAUGAAGACAUUACAGCCAACAGUAUUCAAUUAUCGGAAGUCUACUCUAGAUGAUGGAAUAGGACUGUCAUUUUGUUUAAUUUCAUACAGCUAAAUAGUCCAAAUAAGGUGAUAGAAAUCUAGUUAUUGUUCAGAUACAAUAAAUCAUAACAGGAAUAUAGUACUGUAAGAGAGGACUACAGUAGCCUAGGCCUGCCACUGAAGCUGAGCGACCCUCAGAAUGCCGUCAGGGUUUGUCACAAUGUCGUCAUAAUGCAAGCGCUAACACGCCCGUGACCUUAUCAAUAAGUGUAUCUAGUAUAUCACAACGUUGUCACCGCCACCUGAGAAACAUCUUAACGUUCCUCAAAUUGGUCGAAGAGCUUGUGACCACUCGGGGUGUAUGCCCUGAUGGAGCAGCAGCAGCAAGACAAAUUUUGAAGAGCAGUAAGUCAACCAUACCUUUUUGAAAAUGUACACAGAGAAAGUUCUGCGCGAGAUGGGCUACAAGUUGGGAGCAACAAUCGGCGAGGGAAGCUACUCCAAAGUGAAAUUAGCCAGCUCCCAGAAACACAAUUCUGAGGUGGCCAUAAAAAUUGUGGACCGCAAAAAGGCUCCCCACGACUUCGUCCACAAGUUUCUACCCAGGGAGCUGACACUUUUGAGGGGAGUGAGACAUACCAAUAUUGUACAUGUGCACGAAUUCAUCGAGGUUUGCAACGGCCGACUAUACAUAGUGAUGGAGGCGGCAGCGACGGAUCUUCUCCAAAAAAUCCAAGAGGUCAAUUCCAUCCCCAUAGCCCAGGCCAAGACCAUGUUUUCACAGAUUGUCAGCGCUGUGAACUAUCUCAAUCAAAACAACAUCGUCCAUCGAGACAUGAAAUGUGAGAAUGUGCUGCUGACUAGGGACAACCAGGUGAAGAUCACAGACUUUGGUUUUGGGAGGUUUGCUAUGGGCUACCCUGAGCUGAGCAGCACCUACUGUGGUUCAGCGGCCUACGCCCCACCGGAGGUACUCCUCGGAGUUCCAUACGACCCUAAGAAAUAUGAUGUGUGGAGCUUGGGUGUGAUUCUCUAUGUCAUGGUCACUGGGUGUAUGCCGUACGACGAUUCCAAUGUCAGCAAACUCCCGCGGGCUCAGCGCAAGGCCUUGGUCUACCCGGACGACGUCACCGUGGAAGAGCCAUGCCAGCAGUUAAUUGCCUAUCUGAUGCAGUUCAGUCCUUCUAACCGCCCGACAAUCCAACAGGUGGCAGAGCAGUCUUGGUUGCAAUAAGCAAGAGGCCAGGACAA